GACGAGGAGGAGGCGCAUGCGCAGUCGUCCGAAGAGGAGGGGGCGGCCAAGGCAUCUAUCUUUUCCUUCCUUCCUCAGCGCGCGCAAAAAAGACUCGCGCGCCUACGGGGUCUCCCUCCCUGCCGCCUCUCUUUCGAGGGGCGCCUCGCGCACUAAUAAUAACGAACCACCGAAGACGCACGUCCCGUUUCUAUUCGUUUUGGCUCCGACUUAUUGUGAAAGAUAAAUCACUAAGCAGCUUUCAGUGUCUGUCUCUGAGAAAGGAGCGGAAGGACUGUGAUGAAAAGAAUAAAGUCAAGUUGCAACUUUGAUUUUUUUCGUGAUUAUUGAACCACGAUAAAGCAGUCUCUGCCAGAAAGUAUAUCACACAAGAAAUCCCCAAAUAUUGGUUAAUAGAAAUAAGAUACAUGAUACUGUUACUGAACAUUGGGAGCAAUUUCUUGCUGGUUGUGCCUAACACUUUAUUAAAGCUUUAGAACCAUUAUGAAAGAACGGUAUUAUGGAAGACUUAAGAUACAUUGUGGAUGAGACAUUACCAAGCAUUUUGGACCAUUCACCAACGGGUCACACUAAUGAAAUUCUGGAUAAUAUCACACUUUCAUCAAAUCUUGGUUUACCAGUUGCUGCUUCAACUGAAGCCAGGCAAAAAACUGAUCCUCAUGACAGACUUUGUGAUCAAGCGUCUUAUAUGGAAAGGCAAUUGUCUUCUCCAUUAACAUCUUCCUGCAGUGGUGAAUCUGAUUCUGAUCCAAGAAGGAAGCUGAUACUUAACCUUCAAGAUACUGUGGAAAACUGUAAUAAAACAACAGAAACUUGCUUGGAGUCGGAUCAGAAUGAAUCUGAUUUGCAAAGAAGACAAACCCAAAAUUAUGCUGGUAAAUGCUUGGAUAACCUUCAGGAUAUUGUGCAUGAGAGGCUUUCACAUUUGGAAGAUUUGACAUCUACAGCAUUUGCUUCAUUGGAAAAAGGAAGUGAAAACAACAAGGUAUCAUCUUCAUUAGAAUUUGGUCAGAAAUGGAUAACAAAUAAAACCGAUGACACUCCUGUUACUGGCUUUUCCAGAUUCAUAGAAAAUGAAAAACUGUUGAGUUUUGCAAGCCUGGAAGGACAUUCUACAGAUGAUGAUAUUGGAGAUGAGGAGUUCUGUGAUGACCAGUUGGAAGCCUACUUUGAGCAGCUUGUAUUGCCAGAAAGAGAAGAUACAGAGGAACAUGGUGAAUGUAUUGAAGCUAUAGAAUUGCCUCCAGAUCAGGAAAAGUUCCAGAUGCCUGCUGUUUGCCCAACAGCAGCCAGAACUGAUGCACAUGUUGCUAGUGAUGAAGAAUCAUAUGCUAUUAAGGAAAUUGGGCACAAUGUACAAGAUGAACAAUUUAUGGUGCAAUUGGCAGCAGGGGGAGAGGAAGAUAAAUCUAACAACAGCUCCAAUAAGUCUCAUGUUAGAAUAAUAGGCAAUGUAUCUGAGAUGUGCACUAAAACAGCAGCUUCACACAUUUGUCCAAAUAUAAGAGGAUAUCUUGACCAAUCUGGAGAAGAUGGAAUAUCUUUAAAGAGUAAUACAGUGAUUAAUAACAAAAAUUCAAAUGGAGAACCUACUGAAAGUCAGCCUCCAUGUACUGCUGCUGAAAACACUGGCUGUAAUAGGGAUGCUACAAACAUAACCAAUUCAGAACUAAAACUAGAUUCAGUAUACUUUAAAUGUGUUGCAAAUAAUACUACUUCUGAGAUCUGGAACAAAGAACAGCAAAGCCAUUUUUCUAAUCUGUGCCAAGAAGCUAACGAAAGUUCUGUUCCUCUGCCUGAUGUGUAUCUGUCACCAAGUGCUUACAGAGAAUCUGAGCACUAUGAGUGUGCAUUACAAGAUGACUCAUCACAUAAUGUUGUAUAUCAAAAUGAGGAAGGUAAAUGGGUGACAGAUCUUGCAUACUACACCUCAUUUGAUAAAGAACAAGCAUUAAAUUGCUCAAACAUAAGUGGAGACUUCAUAGCUGGAUCUGAAGCAGUUGCUAUGAUUGCUCAAGACCAAGAAGAAUUUGAGAGGGAACACAAAUUUAUACAGGAAGAGAAAAUGGAUUCACAAAAUACUUCUGGAUUAGGGGAUUCAUCAUGGAAAUCAUUUAAUAAUUAUAAUCCUUUAAAGGCUUCGCAAGCUGACCUUAGCAAAGAGGCCAGUUAUUUACGACUCUCUCUGGGAGAGUUCUUUGGUCAGAGAUCUGAUGCUCUUGGUUGCCUUGGAGGAGGAGGUGAUGUGAAACGGCCUUCUUUUGGUUAUCAUAUUACUUCUCCAGUAAAGAGACAGCCUGUACCUUUGUUGAGACAAUCUGAUGUAUCAAGAGCAAACUUUGAUGAACAGAACUUUCAGAUGUCUGAUAGUCUUCAAGGAGAUGCAGGAAGGAGCAUUCAAGAAGAAACAUACGCUGCAUCUGUUACUUUUAAUGUUGGUGAAAUUGGCACACCAAUGAAAGACAAUAUAUGUGAGAAACUUGAAGAAAGAAAAAUCCAUAAACUGGAGCCUUCUGUCCUAAGUAUAAGUACAAUUGCAUCCGCUAUUGCAAAUGUUUCUGUUAGUGCUGAACCUUCACAGCUAGCUGCUUUAAUGAUGAAACUCACAAAUAAAAGUGGGAAAGGAGCUAAUAUUCCAGAAGCUACUAAACUUAAAGAUUUUUCUGUCAUCAGUCAGCUAAUAUCCAGCAAUGCAGAAAAUAGAACAUUUGAUAUGGAGAAAUAUCUCAAAAGAACUGAUGAGGAUGGGGAUGGCAAUGAGUCUGAAAGUAUAAUUAAAGAUGGAGAAAUUGCAAUAGACUGGCACAGAUUGUGCAAACAAGAAGGGGAAAUGGCUAGUUCUGGAGACUUGUCCAAAAGUAAUUUCUCUAUCAAGCAUGGUAUAGGAAAGCAGCAUCUGGAAAAAAUAUAUGAGGAAAACUGUUUCAAAAAUUUAUGUUUUGAUAUUAGUUCUGAGCAGAAAAAAGAAAUGAAAAAUGUAGAAAAAGCUUCUAAUGGAGAUGAAUGUUUUCAGUCAAAGAAGUUAUCUUCCAUUACAAGUUCUAAAGAAAGAUUAUCUGAACAUAUUGAAAUACCUUUGGAGGGUCGCAUAACAACACUUCCCACUGAUUCUGAAUUGGAAGAAAUGGUUAGCAAGAGCACUCUUCCCUUCAGUUUAAACUCUAUUCCAGUAUUGUUUUCCCCUCUUCCUGUAUGUUGUACCAAAGAAGAAGCUACAUAUCAAGUUACAUGUGAAGAGACUCAAAAUGAUAAAAUCCUGAAAGGGAAUGAUACAUACAAUGAUGAAAAGCAUGUGACUUUUGAAAAUACAUCUCCUAAUAACAAAAAAAAUAGUGGUGGAGCUGUUGUAGCCACUAAACAGAAGCUUGCAACUCCUGUGCCCACUGUGGAGAUGUCAGAGAAUGAACAGUACAGUUUCAGGCCUUCCACCUCUCCUCUUACUCAUUCAUCUCCAAGUGAAGCUUCUGGAACUUCUAUUUCAGGAUUUGAUUGCCCUUAUAUAACACCUAAUUUUAAGGAAUCAUCUUGCAAUGACAGUAUAUUACCUAAGUCGGGAUACACUGAUCCUAGCUUGCAAAGACUGACUUUUGUUUCUGCCACUGAAAGUACCCUUAAGAAUCUAGCUUUGUCUAGUCCAGAGAGAUGUCAAAGUAAUCGUGCCAGUGAGUUGAGCACAACAAUAGUUUGGACCAGUCCAACAUCAUCUCUGGAACAAGAAAAUGGGAAAAAAGAUCCUCUGAAAAAUAAAAUCUAUCCAUCAAGAAGCACCAGUAUAAUAAAUCAUCUUAAGAAGUUAGAAGUAUAUGAAUCUGCAAAACCUACCUGUCUACCUGAGAACCAGAAAUCAUCUGGAGAGCUUCCCCCUAAAAGUAAAGCUGAGUCUACACAGAAUUGUCCAAAUAAGGAAUUGAAUCAAGGUGAUAAACAUGCAACACAGCAGGACUGUAGAACCACGGCACAUAGGCUAUCCUUGUUAAAAAAUACACCUGCUUAUAUUGGUUUAGAUGGCUGUAUUUCAGAAAGUCAAAAUAGAACAAAUUUCAAAUCCAGUGGUGUUGCUUCAGACAUUCCACCAGCAUCUUCUGGAAUUCCAACCCUGCUUACAGGCUGUUCCCUUACAAGCACUCCAUUUGCCCAGCACUAUCUGGGAAGCUUGCAGUCUCACACAAAUGUUGCUUUGCCUCAGUAUCAUGUUGGUUGUCCUCCAGUUUUUGGUGUUCCAGCAGGACUUAUUUAUUCUGCCAUCCCUCUUGAUCACACUCAAAACAAAUUGCCUCUUGGAUGGACACUACGUGCAGAUAUGACACCCGGAAUGUUAGGUACAAGUUCACAUUUUAAUUUUUCAUCAAACCAGAAUAUCGUCAAUCCAUCAAAAACAAGCCAAACAGCUGGUGCUGGUGGAGCUAGACAGUGGGAGGAAUCUGUACAAUCUGGAUUUGCACGUGUGAAAGUCCCAGCAGAAGUAAAGUUCCCUACUGCAUGCUGUGUAGGACUGACUUCACACACAGUCCUUAGUAUUCUUAAUCCAUCUGAACGGUGGCUGCAAGUCAGCAUCAGCCUCCUUAGUAUUAUGCUUAAUGGUGAAAAGGUGGAACCUCAGAAACAUAAAUGUCUGCUGUUUAAGAACAAAACGGUCAUAGGACCUUGUACUACAGAAGAGCUAAAAAUGCUGUUUUUACCCUGUCAGGCAGGAGUCUUCCAGUGUGUACUUAGUGUUGCCUCUUGGCCAUUUUCUGCAGAUGCAAAUACAGUAGUACAAGCAGAGGCAUUAUCUACUAGGGUAAUUGUAAAUGCAGUUGCUGAAAAUCCAGACAUAGAGGUGGAAGCAGGAAAGACAAACCAUCUGGACUUUGGUGACUUGCCAUCUGGCAGCUGGAAAGCUCUCCCACUGAAACUAACUAACAGGACUUGUGCUAGAAUGCCAGUCAGACUUAUUAUUCAUGCAAAUGCUAUAGCAUGGCGCUGUUUCACAUUUUCUAAGGAACCAGUUAAUUCUUCUGAUAAAACUGCAGCCCAUACUUACAAUAUUUCCCAGUUAUCAGCUCCUUCUGUGAUAUCCCAUAUAAUGAAUGCAAGCUGUGAUGGGAAAGAUCCUGAAGUUCUAGUAGUUUGGGUCCAGUUCAAUGCACCAAGCAAAUUCAUAUCUUCAGAUUCUUUGGGCCCAGCGGAUGAGUACUUUGCAAGAAUUGAUGUGGAACUUGAUUGUCCAGAGCCUGGUAAUGUUCUAAAAUGUAUUCCUCUAAUUGCAAGAUCAGGAACCCCUCGGAUAUAUGCUCCAAAGGGCCUGCAGACUUUAUAUAUGACUACAGAGAUGGGAUUAUCAACAAGGCAGCAGUUGCCAUUAAAGAAUGCGGGGAAUAUUAAAGUUGACUUGAAGAUAAUGACAAUGCAUCCAGAUAGUUGCAUAUCUGUUAAGCCUGAGAAUCUGGUCCUUAUACCUGAGGAAGAACAAGAAGUAACAGUUGAGUUUUCUCCAAAGGAUUACAGAAAUGCAGAAAGUGUUGUGAAAAUAUUGGUAUUGCCAUCUGGGCCAGAGUAUAAAGUGACUGUGAAAGGUGAAGUGUCUAUGCCAGAGAGAAAACCUUUGGUGCAAACAUGUCCCAGUACGGAGGUUCCCCUCAUUCUUGCCAACAAGCAGCUUCUAACAUGGGGAGGUGUUUAUCUUGGAAGAACAGUUCAACAGAAAUUGAUUUUGAGAAAUGACUCUUCAUCUACUACUCAGCAGUUACGGUUGCUGAUAAGGGGUCAAGAUCAAGACUGUUUUCAAUUGAAGCUUGGAGAACGUGUCUACAAUAACUGUGAAAUCAAGAUACGCCCAAAACAUGAUUAUAGUGUCUGUCUUACAUUUACACCAUCUCAACUAGCUUGCAUGUUUGCAAAGCUUGAAAUGAAACAGCUUGGCCUUCCAUUUCAGCCAGGAAUCAAAUUUACUAUACCAUUGUACGGAUAUGGAGGGAAAAACAACGUGAAAGUAGAAGAUGUUAAAAAACGCUGCAAUAGAUAUAUAGUGGAGCUGUAUGAACUGUCACCUAGUAAAACACGCCAAGCUUCUUUCACUAUACGAAAUACAGGGCAUCGUGCUGCCUAUGUGAAAGGACUGUGUUUUAAGGACUUCGGUGAAAGAAAUGCUAUGGAGCCAAAUGUGAUGAACAUUUUUCCAGACAAGUUUGUCCUGAAAGAAGGAUUGCAGCAGAAAGUUACAGUAAUAUAUAAUUCCACUGAAGAAUGUAACAAAUCAUCCAUGUUGGCUACAAUUUGUGUUUUCUAUGGGGAUGAAAUUUCAAGACAGCAGUAUCGCAGAGUCAUACAGCAUAAUGCAGCACAAGUGCAAAAAAUACUUCCUGCUAAUAAUCCUGUGAUAAAUGUGAAGUUUGAUGAGGAAUUCCCUGGGGAAGAGCUGGUGACAGAAGUAUAUGAUCUUCCACAACAUUCAAAUGAUCUUCAAUGUUUUUUCACAAAUAUGCGAAGGAUUACUCUUUCUGUUGUUAAUGCCUUCACAAGUAAGGCUCAUGAUCUAAAGCCAUCUUCAGUACAUCAUGUGGGAUUGGAAAGGCCUGGUAUUUCUGAAAAAAAUAGUAUGACUCUGGAUGUACUGCCUGUUAAAGGACCUCAUGGUUGUCCAUUAUCUUCGGCUACCCAUAGCAUAGAUGAAAAUCAACUUGUUUCUCAGGACACUUGGACUCUUCAGUCUGAAUUUCUAAUUCUCACAGCUCCUUCUCAGAGUGGAACAACAGUUACUAAAUAUGCACAAAUCACUAAUAACUCAAGCCGAUGGUUGAAAUUUGAGCUAUCAUGGCCUGCUCACUGCCUUACUGUAACACCUCAGCAUGGAACUAUUGAACCAAGAAGCUGCAUUUCAAUUCAUGUGAGUCCAAACCCGUCACUUGCAGAAAAUAAAUCUAUAUUCCCAUGGAGUGGCCUUAUUUAUAUACAUUGUGAUGGUGGACAAAAGCUUCUUAGAGUACAGAUUCGGGAAGAUGCCUCUGAAAAGCAAUCUGGGAAAGACUUGCCUGUUACAAGAGUAGGUGAUUUUCAGCAUCCUGAGCUUCCUGUAAUUCACAUACGACCACUUCAAAAGCCACCUUCAACAAAACUUGAAGUAAAGAGUAGAUCUGUGUGUUUUCCUGAGACAAAGUGUGAUGAAACCUCAGAGAAAUACCUUGAGAUUGAAAAUAAUGGAGAUGAAAAUGUAAAAUGGUUUUUGUCAUCUUUUGCACCACCUUAUGUCAAGGGUGUAGAUGAAAUUGGAGAAGUAUAUAGAGCUACAUAUACUGCUUUUCAGUGUUCAUCUCUUUCUGGUACUCUUGAAGCCCAUGGAAAAGAAAAAGUUGUAGUCACUUUUUUGCCUAGAGAUAGAGGACAUUAUUCUCAGUUCUGGGAUCUUGAAUGUCACCCACUUCACAACCCUCACCUGAAGGACAAGCAUAGGCUUCAGUUUUGUGGAAUGGGUAUCUUGGUGAAUGAAGCUUUCAAAAAGGAAGUUUCUCCAGCUGGUUUAGUAAAAGUUAGUGUUCGAGAUGUGUCCCAAAGAAUAGAUUAUCCAGACACCUUUGAUAACAAAAUCUGGAAAUGUGUAUAUGCUGAAGAAGAUGUUUAUACAUUUCUUCCAACAAGGAUUGGUGAAUCAAGCACACUGAAAAUCAGCAUACGAAAUUAUUCUACCUCUAUAAAUAAGCUAAAGUUCAAAAAUCCAAGAGAACCUUUUUACAUCAAGCAUUUCCAUUAUAAUUUGAGAUCUCACCACUAUUGCAAUUUACCAGUCCAAUUCAAACCAGUGUCACCAGGCACUUUCAGAAGCUUACUACUGGUAGAGACAGACAAAAGUGGUACACUAAGGAUUGAGCUUAUUGGUGUGGGUUUGGGAGAACAAUAGUUACAAAUUGAUGUUGACAUUGUGUGCUAAACUGAAAACUAAAUUAUUGAAAGACAAUGUUUUUAUACACUAAAACUUAUAUUUUGUAAAAAAAAUGAGCUUUUUGUAAUUUUUAAUAAAUUUUGUACGUUACCUUGAAUUGUACACUACUGCACUUUGGCUGGAAAGCAACAUUUUACCUAUUUUUUUAUGAAUUAUGACUUCACAAAUUGCAGUUUUGAGUCUUAAAACUUAAUUUUUAAAAAAUAAAUAAAGUUUUUGUUCCUUAAAUUCUUCCCCUUUAUACAGCACCUUUCAGUAAACUCUGUGCACCUUAACUGUUCCUUUCUGGCUUUGAAUUUCAGGCAGAAUUCAAAAAGGGUGUAAUUACCUUUGAUAGGUACAGUACCCACCACUCCUCACUCCAGUUAUCUCCAGGGAAUACAUUCCAAGACCCCUAGUGGAUGCCUGAAACCACGGAUAGUACCAAUCCCUGUACUAGUAAUAUUACCAGUAACAGACUACAGACAAAAAAAAUCACGGAGAGGGGAGGACUGCAUAUUUUCAGAAUGUAACUAACCAUGGAUAAAUCAAUCUUCAGAAAGCAAUACUGGAGAUAAGGGUGGACAUCUAUAUUUGCAUUUGUUAUCUACUUUUAGCAAAACUUGAGGAUUCUACUUGAUGUAGAUUACAUCAGCUGUACCAUAUUUCUUUUCACGCUACAGUCUUCUCCACAGCUCCUUUGUUGCACAAUUGUUUGUGUUAAUUAAAGUCUUAAAGCUGCUGAAGAAUCCAAACUGC